GGGCUCCACAAGACCAUCCAUUCAAGCGAUUUCAAACGCGAAGUCGUUCCUUGACCUCACUGUGCCCUUACGACAACUGGAUCCAAUUGGGACUAACCAAAUUGCUAGCAUUGCUAUCGCUAUUGCUACUGGCGACCGGUCCCCUGAAGGCAUCAGUUUUUUUGUUGCCGUUGCCACCGACGACGACGGUGAUAUACCCCCCGAGGUAAUUGUGACGGCGUUCGCAAUGCACAGCUCGUCUCGUGGUGUUUUUCUGAGCCCCUCAAUGUCGUCUGACGAAGCCACUACCUUGGGUGAAAUCGUCGCCCACACGGUUGAGCCGUUGCUCGUUGAACUCACGGGCAUGGUCGCCGCCGCAGUAGCUUUCAACGACAGCUACUGCCGCCAUCGACCACAGCCAACAGCUGCAGUGUGGAAAGAAGUCUUGCUCUUGUAUGUGCUGGGGAAACUGCAACCCCCCUCGCCCUCCACAGUGGCCGGAGCCAUGCGUGUCGCGACUGUCGAAACGGACACUGGGCUACUCACAGCUUGGACGAUUGAAUUCUUCGAGUACAUCGGCAUCCCCGCCCAAGACGCCCCCCACUUUACAGCCAGUGGACUCAAACGACAAGCGUUGUUCGUGUGGGAAGUUGAGGGGACGCCAGUGGGGUUUGCAGGCUAUGCACCCCGCGUCGAUGUCGAAGGCGAAACAGUAUACCGAAUUGGACCAGUGUUUAUAGCGUCGAUGGAACGACGUAAGGGGUAUGCGUCGGGUCUCACGGCAGCCCUGAGCCAGCACUUGCAGGCGACAAACCAGUCGCGAUCGUCUCGCGUGUGCCUUUUUGCCGACGCAGCCAACCCGGCAUCCAACAAAGCCUACCGAAAUGUAGGCUUUGCGUUGCACAGUCAAAGUGUGGCGUAUUCGUUUGACACCAGCAAUUAAUUGCGAUUUUGUUUUGCAAGUUUUAAAUGUGGUUUAAAACGUACGGAGGCCA